AUGAAUUCUAACAUCGAGCUGCAUUGGCGCCGUUUUUUGAUGCACGUCCCGCAGCCGUUGCGCCGCUUCUUCAAGCAGGGCAGGCGACGAGGGGUUGUUGUAGCGUUGGCCCUGUUGUUCCUCAUCUACUAUCUGUACCCGUCGGGCGGCGGCGAAUCGUUAAAAGCCUACCAGAAAAAUUCGUGCCUUCGAGAUCGAUUGGCACAUUAUUUAGUCAGGGAAAAGGAUUCAGCAGUCAGUGUCGAUGAUUGGGCCGUAAAAUUUGCCGGAAAUGGAUUCCUGGGUGUUGGUGCGGAAAACGAGCUGUAUUUUCGGGAUACGAACUCUCACACGCUUUCGCUAGCCUCAGCAUUCUAUCCACUGGUAGAUGUGGAACUGCCAGAAUCGUGGUCGAAGAAAAGUGCUGAGAUCACCGAUUUCGAAAAGGGUGAAUGGCGCCGGAUCCAUUGCUACGACGUCGUGGGCGAGUGUGCUUGCGUUGAGGAGCGAAUCUACGCACACGCGACCAGGCCGAAUCUUUUGGUGCAAGACGUGAAGAUCAUCAAUCCGACGAGCAGCGCCAUCCAAGUAAAACUACAGCGCCGUCCGUCGAACAAAUGGACCGCGGGUUCUGCCACCGAGGCUCCGACUUCGACAGCCCAGACACGUGAAAUCAGCGGCAAAGACAACACGUCCGUAUUGGCGUCCAUUUGCUCCAGCGCGCCAGGAUCAGUGACAAUUUCGCAGAAAAGAGAAGAGACCUUCUCGUUCAUCUGCGGCGCCGGGCAUGCGGUGUUGAAGAAUUCGGAAGUUGCCGGCGGCAAAGGCAAAGUCUCCACCCAAGCGAUCGAGGCUUUCCAAAAUGCGCGCUUCCUCUCGUCGGCCGACCUCGAGAAGGAGCACGAGGCUGCGUGGAAGGAGCUGCAACAGACAACUUUCUACCUCUCGCCCUCAAAAGCUCCGGAUGUCCUGAAUGGGGUGCAAAUCAACGCUACAAGAUACGCCCUGCUCAGCCACGUCGAGGCGAAAGGGCUGUUGGUUGGCGAGCCGGCCGAUCAGAAGCUGACAGCCGAUCGUCUCCUGGGCCAACUGGGCAAAUGCUACUCUGGCCACUCGAACCUCCUCUUCCCCUCCAAGUUAUGGCAAUCGCUGUCGGAUUCGGCUCAAAUUGGCCGUGUUGCUGAAAUUUGGCUGCUCACAUUGGAAAAGAAGGGCUGCGGCGAGUUGAUCAAGGCCGGCGCGCGCGGGGUGUCAAAGGCCUUUGUGCUAUCCCUGCUUGCCGCGACAUUCGACCAAAAUCAUCUGGAAAUUGGCAUUGACCCGGCGGAUUUGCACAGACAAAUGAGAGCCUUCCGCCUCCCUAUGCCCGGCGCCACAAAAGCCCUCGUUGACGUGAAUCUCCAUCUGGACGAGGAGAACAUCAACUAUAUGCUGGUCUCCUCCACCGACCAACUCUUCGCCUGCCCGGCCGGAUGCCAAGAAGACCCGGUGACGCUGAGCGCCAGGCCGGUCAAGCUGCCGGUGAAGAUCACCAAACCUCUGACGGCGAUCGUGUACGUGGCGACGAGCCGCAGGCAUCUGUUGCAGUUGCGCUCAACGAUUCAUGUUUCUGAGGUCAACCACGCGCCGGCGCAUGAGAAUGAGGUCAUCGCCCUUCACGAGCACGGGCACCGUCUCGGCGGUCUUCCGAUGGUCUUCUGGGUGUUCCUCGGCAUAAUUCUCGUCGCGUUCCACGCAUUUUUGGUUAAGUUGCUGUGGACCGAGUGGCGCAAGGGUGACACCACCCCCUACAACCCCUACCUUCGAUUCCGCUACCAAAACCAGCGGAGCCAC